CUUACCUGUCUUUUGUACAAUUCUUAGCACUGUAGACAGGUCGUGCUUUUUUCCUUCCUCCUUAAAAUAAAAAGUUCCAGUCCAAACCGUCAGCCUCUGUAGGUUGUCUUAAUUGCUACUUUGCACUGCACUGGACUAUGACUCUGAUUUUUGGCACAUGCUGUCAUACACAAAGUUCCUAAAAUAAAAUGCUCCAGGAUAUCCCAGGAACUCUUAGAAGGCUUUAAAAAGGAACUUGCUCACUGAAAGAAUAUCUUUGAUGAAGACAAUUCAGGAGAGCAGACUGAUUAUUGCAAGAAGAAUUACAUGAUUCCUUGUGAUCUCGAAGUGGGUCUGGAGAAUCCUUGCCACCUAACUUAUCAUGGUCAGGGGGCAUUUGAUGAGAAUCCAGUUUUGAUAAAGACAAUUGUUUUUUCCUCCCCAAGUGACUAUACAUUUAAAUAGCUAAAACAUCUGUUCAGCAACACAGUAAAACAUGUACACCCGGAACGCCUGAGAGAAGAGCCUGCCAAACAAUCGUUUGAGAGGGACUUUGCUGGGGGGAGCACACCAAGAUAAAGCAACCAGUGUUUGUUUUGUCUGGUCAGGGGGAAAGCCAAGGCAACCAAUAUUUUGGGUUUCUUUUCCUUCAUUUGUGAAGAACUAUUUGAGAAGGGGUGGCGAGGGGAUAUUUCCUGAUGGGACUUUUUAAAGCUGCCCAUUAGUAGAAGAGCAAGAGUACUUUGGAUGUCAACACCUAACAGAUUCUUGAGACCAGCCAACGAACCACAAACGGUGACUCUUUUCUGGCGUGGCCUCCACAUCCUCCCCGAUGGAAGCAGAAACGGGGAGCAGCAUGGAGACUGGGAAAGUGGCCAACAGAGGCGCUCGAAUCGCCCUGGUGGUGUUCAUCGGUAGCACCCUGGUGCUGGGCACCGUCCUCUUUCUAGUGAGUCAAGGUUUCUUAAGUCUCCAAGCUAAACAGGAGUACUGCCUGAAGCCAGAAUGCAUCGAAGCUGCUGCUGCCAUCUUGAGUAAAGUAAAUCCGUCUGUGGACCCUUGUGAUAAUUUUUUCCGGUUUGCUUGUGAUGGCUGGAUAAGCAGUAAUCCAAUUCCUGAAGAUAUGCCAAGCUAUGGGGUUUAUCCUUGGCUGAGACAUAAUGUCGACCUCAAGUUGAAGGCACUUUUGGAGAAAUCGAUCAGUAGAAGGCGGGACAUCGAAGCCAUCCAGAAAGCCAAAAUCCUUUAUUCAUCUUGCAUGAAUGAGAAAGCGAUUGAAAAAGCAGACGCCAAGCCAUUGCUACACAUCCUGCGGCAUUCACCUUUUCGCUGGCCUGUGCUCGAGUCUAAUAUUGGUCCGGAAGGGGUUUGGUCAGAGAGAAAGUUCAGCCUUCUGCACACACUUGCAACGUUUCGUGGUCAAUACAGCAAUUCUGUGUUCAUCCGCUUGUAUGUGUCCCCCGAUGACAAGGCAUCCAAUGAACACAUCUUGAAGCUGGACCAGGCGACACUCUCCUUAGCUGUGAGGGAAGACUACCUUGAUAAUAGCACAGAAGCCAAGUCUUAUCGGGAUGCCCUUUACAAGUUCAUGGUGGAUACUGCCGUACUUCUGGGAGCUAAUAGCUCCCGAGCAGAGCAUGACAUGAAGUCGGUGCUUAGAUUAGAAAUUAAGAUAGCUGAGAUAAUGAUUCCACAUGAAAACCGAACCAGUGAAGCGAUGUACAACAAAAUGAACAUUUCUGAACUGAGUGCUAUGAUUCCCCAGUUUGACUGGCUCGGCUACAUCAAGAAGGUCAUUGAUGUUAGGCUCUACCCUGACCUGAAAGACAUCGGGCCCUCAGAGAAUGUGGUCGUCCGCGUCCCUCAGUACUUUAAGGACCUGUUUAGGAUAUUAGGCUCUGAGAGGAAGAAGACUAUUGCCAACUAUUUGGUGUGGAGGAUGGUUUAUUCCAGAAUUCCAAACCUUAGCAGGCGCUUUCAGUAUAGGUGGCUGGAAUUCUCAAGGGUAAUCCAGGGGACCACGACUUUGUUGCCUCAGUGGGACAAAUGUGUAAACUUUAUCGAAAGCGCCCUCCCUUAUGUUGCUGGAAAAAUGUUUGUGGAUGUGCACUUCCAGGAAGAUAAGAAGGAGAUGAUGGAGGAAUUGAUUGAGGGUGUUCGCUGGGCCUUCAUUGACAUGCUGGAGAAAGAAAAUGAGUGGAUGGAUGCAGGGACCAAAAGGAAAGCCAAAGAAAAGGCAAGAGCUGUUUUGGCAAAAGUUGGCUAUCCUGAGUUUAUAAUGAAUGAUACUCAUGUUAAUGAAGACCUCAAAGCAAUCAAGUUUUCAGAAUCGGACUACUUUGGCAACGUCCUGCAGACCCGCAAGUAUUUAGCACAGUCUGAUUUCUUCUGGCUGAGAAAAGCUGUCCCAAAAACAGAGUGGUUUACAAAUCCAACGACUGUCAAUGCUUUCUAUAGUGCAUCCACCAACCAGAUCCGAUUUCCAGCAGGAGAGCUCCAGAAGCCUUUCUUUUGGGGAACAGAAUAUCCUCGAUCUCUGAGUUAUGGCGCUAUAGGAGUAAUUGUCGGACACGAAUUUACACAUGGGUUUGAUAAUAAUGGUAGAAAAUACGAUAAAAAUGGAAACCUGGAUCCUUGGUGGUCUCUGGACUCAGAAGAAAAGUUUAAGGAAAAAACAAAGUGCAUGGUAAACCAGUAUAGCAACUAUUACUGGAAGAAAGCUGGCCUACAUGUGAAGGGGAAGAGGACCCUGGGAGAAAAUAUUGCUGACAAUGGAGGUCUGCGGGAAGCUUUUAGGGCUUACAGGAAAUGGAUAAAUGACAAGAGGCAGGGAGUGGAGGAGCCUCUUCUACCGGGUAUCACAUUCACCAACAACCAGCUCUUCUUCCUGAGUUAUGCUCAUGUAAGGUGCAAUUCCUACAGACCGGAAGCUGCCCGAGAACAAGUUCAAAUUGGUGCUCACAGUCCACCUGAGUUUAGGGUCAAUGGUGCAAUUAGCAACUUUGAAGAAUUCCAGAAAGCUUUUAACUGUCCCUCCAAUUCCACGAUGAACAGAGGCACGGACUCCUGCCGACUCUGGUAGCUGGACUGCUGGUUUGUGCCAUCCUGGGAGAGCCGAACGGUGCCAGCAGAGGCUGCACUGAGCAUGCAUCACCUGCCUCCUUUAGGCCUAUAUUCCCCCGAGGACUUUUAUUUUUAAUGCAUCUUCAUUAUUUUGGUGCUGCUUGGAUUUAAACAGUAUCUUUGCAAAGUUGUAAGGCUUAAAAAAUGGAAUACAAGAAGUGAACGAAGUAUAUUUCUUUAGCAAACCAACCCAACAAAAAUAAAUCCCUGGGCUAGUUAGUUUUGUUAAAACACUAUCUGCUAAAUCGUUGUAGCUGUCCAUUUUAGUGUGUAAGCCAAAGCUAAAUAGUACAUAGCAUUUUAAUGUAUAGCUUUGCAGGGGCCUAAGUAGAAUGUACCCAGAAAAAAAUUCAGUCUAUUAACUUUUAACCCUCAAUGAUGAGAACACGUGCGCGGAUACCUGUGAGGUCUUCCUGCUCUGUGAACUGUGGUACUAGAUUUUAUGUAUUGUCAUUACACAGCAUUUAUUAAAUCUAAGGCAGUUAAAUUUGAAAUAUGUUGUAUCUUCAUUUUACAAAUUUUUUGAUGCAGUUCUUGCCUUUAGCUUUGGACUCUAUUGGGAUGAAAAUGGCCUCAUGGCUUGUAUCUACUGUAGCCAAUAGUCCUGUUUAAGUCAGCUUGAACAAAGCAGGGAAUAAGGUUACUUGAUAAAGGACUUGAGUUUAUCAAACAGA